GGUUUAGCUGCAUCCACCCGCCUGCACAUUAACAGCUAGUUGUCCAGCAGGCAGAUCUUCCCACUUCGCUCCAACUACACAGCUCCUCCCUCACGUGCCCUGGGAAUGCUCACCGUCCUGCAGCACAAUAGCACAACGAGUGUCUGACCUGAGACGGAAACAACCUGAAGACCACGGGGGGGAAAAUGUGCAGCGUGUGUAAUGACAGAAAGGGGAGAGACAGAUCAAAGAGCCAGUGCAGCCCAAGUCCACCCAACAAGAAGUGAGGUAACUAAAGUUGGAGUCUUAGAAAUCAGGCUCGCCAUCCUGAGUGACAGACAAAAUGACAGAUCGUUUCCAAAUAUCCUGGCUGACAGGGGCAGUACAGAUAAAUCUCUCUGUGGUUCCGCCCCUGGUGCUACUUCCUGUACUCUUGCGGGUGGCAGCGCUGCAUUUCCUGUUGGGUCUGGUGGUGCUGACAGCCUUGCCGGUACUGGUACUCUGGUACUACUACAUCACCCACCAACGAAAAGGCCGAACCCUCUUCUUCCUCAGUCUGGCACUCUUCUCCCUGGCCUACAUGUAUUACCUCUUCGUCACUGAAGUUCUACCCCGAGGUCAUGUGGGAGGGGCUCAGUUGAUUGCCGUGACAACUGGCAUGACUCUCACCCUGAUCUGCCUGGCCCGCACCAAAUGGGACCCGGGUUAUGUGAGGCCCCGCCCAGCCACCAUCCGCAGGAUUCUGACCUACGGAGAAGGGCUGUCCAGCCGAGACCACAGACAGCCCAACGGCACCCACCUUCAGGCAGGGAAGCCGGAUGGUCCCAGAACACCAGGCCAGGCGGCAGAGCAGCUGGAAGUGGCACAGGGGGGCAUUGUGAAGAAUAGAUGGUGCCCCACCUGCAGGAUAAUGUGCCCCCCCCGAUCAGGACACUGCCGAAUCUGCAGUGCCUGUGUCUACCGGCUGGAUCACCACUGCAUAUGGAUAAACAGUUGUGUGGGGCAGGCCAAUCAUCGCAGCUUCCUGCUGAUGCUCCUCCUCUUCCUGUUGACAUCACUUUAUGGGAUCAGCCUGGUGCUGCGUAGUGUGUGUCCACAUCAGAACCUGCUUUUCGCACUCUUCUACUGCCCCGGAGUGUAUGCCCAGUACAGCACAGCACUGUGCUUCACGUGCGUCUGGUACAGUACUGUUGUGACGGGAGGAUUGCUUCACCUAUUGGUGCUACAGCUAAUCAACAUCAGCUACAAUGUGACAGAGCGGGAGGCACAGCUUGCCCUGCGGAGGAAGACGGGCCACACCCAGCUGUGGGGCCUCAUCGUGGACACAGGGCUCUAUUCCCGGGGCUUCCGGAGCAACUGGGUCGAGUUCCUGACCAUGGACUCGCGUCCAGAUUCCCACCUAAUAGAUGCUGCCCACCUAGUGUAGCUGAGCCUAACAUGUCUGGUUCAGCUAAAAAAAAAAAAAGAAAGUCUUCUGCCGGUGGGCCGAGAGCAAGAGGAUAAAAGACUGCAAAAGCAUUAAUGAAUAAUCGGCCUGGAUGUGCAAAGGCCCUGCUAAGAUCACAAGGCCAAGGCGACAGACUUCGCCCAGUGGUCUGACGCACCUACGCCAAGUACCUGAAAACAACAAGAUGCCCCCAUCGUGAAGAAACAGCAGCUUUAUAUUAUAAUAAUUUCUCAGUAGUUUUGACGAAUAGGAAAUAGGGUUGCCAGCUCUCACCCUUCUGGCGUGACACUCAUGCUUUCAGACUCUCACGCUAGAAAUCUUAUGACAAAUCGAUAUUAUUCCAUUAUAAACUUAAAAUUAGCUACAUCAAAAGCGUUGGGGUAGUUGGCGAACCCUGCAGACUAUUUACAAGGUAAUAAUACUGUCACAUACAUGUAAAUGUGUGUGCAGGCUUGUCUCGAAUUGAAAAUCUUACUUCAACCAGUUGAGCUGGCAACCCUGAGGAAGAAAUGGGGCUGUUACUAACGUCAGGGGCUGUAAUUGUUCAUAUUGAUUUGUUAUAUUAGGUUUAAUAGAUUGUAAUAAUACGGUUGUCUUCCUAAGGUUGUCAGACUGUCUUCCUCUGCAGAGAUGCGUGCAUCAACCUUCUUGGGGAAUCAUUUUUCAGCAGUUUGUGAUACACCAGCUCAAGGUUGCAACUGCAUGUGAUUCUUGGGAUAAUAACAUCAUCACUUGGCCACACUGGGCUCCACUGCACCUCCAGCAGGCUUUCCAAAGCAAUGUAACAACUUAAUACUAGAGUCAGCACCUGCACACCCAUAACAACACGUCAGCUUAAAGGUAUAUCGUCAAGAAAUAAAAGUGAAAUUCACUUCUGGUGCUGAAAAUACCACUCUUUCCUGAUUUAUAAUGUGUAUUUUAUUCUGGUCAGGUUUGUAAAUUGUUAAGACUUGUAACACUGCAGAAGAACGUAUUAUAUUUUACUGAAUACUUACCAAGAUGGAGGAGACCCUGCGACCGCAGCCAGCCAUCAGGCAGCUGGCCAGUGCGUGCUCUGUUUUGCAUUCAUGCAGGUGUCGCCCCCACAGCUGAAGCUCUGAGCAUCAUGCACGGCUCUGCAAAGCCAUAAAUUAGGUCAGAGUCUGGUUAUUUACAGAGCGGCUUCUCAGACAGGAAGCUGAGCUUACGGAAAAGGGGUCCUAAGCAGGACACUGGUCUGCUUAGUAACCAUCAGCAGUUCUUUGUCGAGUAGGACCCAGCUGCUCACUCUGCCAUCAUACUCACUGAUACCUCUGCAGUCUCAGCCAAGGGACCAUCACAUGAUGACUUGUUAAGCUGUCAGGUAUCCUGUAUUCUUUGAUUGUUUCUAAAGAUUCCCACCAAUGUCCACGCAGUAAUUUUUAAAGCAUAAUGCCAAAAAAUGCUAUGUGUUUCCACAAUUUUGGUCACCAGUGUGCAGUAGCCAAAUCACUGAGAUUUAGAUUAAUAUGACCAAAAUAUGGGUGAAUGUAAAGCCGUAGUAGAGUUUGCUGAAGUUCCAUAGUAGAAGUGCUUCAAUUCACCUUAUGUUUGUCUAGUUACCUUUAACAACACAACUGUAUUUGACAAGAGUGAGAAAAUACAAUAUUAGUGCAUAGAUAUUAAGUCGCUCAUGAUAGAGGAAAAAGCAAGGAGGAGGUCCAAGGUCGAUUGGCAGCCCCCCAGGCAUGCUGACUAUAUAUAAUGCAAAGAAACUCCCCAUGUUUUAUAUAUAUGCAAGAUGUAAGCUGUGGGCAAAGUCCUCCUGUGAGCCAGAUUUACAUGCAGAUCACAUUUCUAUUAGCAAGUAUUAGAUUCUCAGAAUCUCGAAUAGUGAGAAAAUGGUCUUGCUCCUGAGGCCCUCAGAGCUGAGUGCUGAGAUUCCAGCAGUCCUCUCUGUGUUCUUACCGCCACACAACAGAACCUUGCUAUCCUCAUUGCAUAGCGGAACCGACUCUUUAUGGUGCAUAUUGCAAUAAAUGCUCUUGAAUCACUGUACUGAGUGAUAGAAAAGCCUGUUGUCAGCUGCAAAAAUGAACAACAUACAUCGCUGGCCCAAACUGCACAACAUUAAGUUCUGGCCCAUUUACUGGAGUAUAUGUGCCACACAGGGGGCGGCAUGGUGGUUAGCACUGUUGCCUCACACCUCUGGGACGCGGGUUCGAGUCUCCGCCUGGGUCACAUGUGUGCGGAGUUUGCAUGUUCUCCCCAUGUCGUCGUGGGGUUUCCUCCGGGUACUCCGGUUUCCCACCACAGUCCAUGGAUGUGCCACACAUAACACAUUAGGGGGCGGCAUGGUGGUGCAGUGGUUAGCACUGUUGCCUCACACCUCUGGGACCCAGGUUCGAGUCUCCGCCUGGGUAACAUGUGUGUGGAGUUUGCAUGUUCUCCCCAUGUUGUCGUGGGGUUUCCUCUGGGUACUCCGGUUUCCCCCCACAGUCCAAAAACAUGCUGAGGCUAAUUGGAGUUCCUAAAUUGCCCCUAGGUGUGUAUGUGUGAGUGAAUGGUGUGUGAGUGUGCUCUGUGAUGGCCUGGCCCCCCAUCCUAGCAUACAGUUUUUGUUAAGGGGUUAAUGUCAGCGGAAAUUUGGAACUCUCGAGUCAUUUCAUACAUGUUUGACAAUGGGACCAAAUGAAACGCCUGAAUUCAAUAAUUAAGUGGUACGUGCCAAUACUUUCGUCCAUGUGUGAUGGUAUUACUGCCACUGUGCCUUUAAGAGUGGUCGUGAGCAUGUAUAACCAAACUUCCUGUGGAACUUCAGGUUGAAAGCAUUUUACUUCCUAUCUCUUUCUGAAGUGUAUGUGAAAGCAAAAUGGCCCAUCUCUUCAUCCCAGUCGCAUCUCGAAAGCAGAGCUCUAUGGCCCUGCUGUAUCUACACUGGUUUUCAGCCACAACAGCCAUAAAAGUGGUCACACCUGGGAAUGUGACCGUCCAAUCAGGAGCCAAGGCUACCUUAAGCUGUGAAAUGGAUGAGCAAGGAACAGUAGUCCAGGUGGAAUGGUCCAGGUGCAAACAACAUCAAGUCCUGGUUUUCAACAGUGAAUCUGGGCUGAAUGUGGCAUCGUUGUACCAGGACCGCGUCAUGGAUGUGACCACUUCUGGGUUUACAAUUAAACACACAACAGUAAAUGACAGCGGGGACUAUUGCUGCACCCUCAAUACCUUCGGACCAUAAGGAAUCAGCUACAUCUACUGAUCCAUCCGCCUGACGACCAGGAACCGGCCAUCUCCACGACGUCGGCGCUCAUUAUUUCCGGGGCUUUAUUUACUGCGUUCCUGGUUGGGCUCAUUUUCAUGACAUUUCAUCGGAGGCGAAGGAGGGGUGUGCAGAAUCCAGUACACGUGGUCAUCCAUUCUAAUCACUCUUUCUAUAAGAAGACAUUGGCCAGUCCCUCUUCAAGCCCAAAGGGCAGCCCCAGCCAGUCCUGUCAUAAUGGCCAAGAAGACGGUAAUCACAGUGAUGGUGAUGAUUACUUCAAUGUUAUGAGCAAAUAAGGGAAGCACAUUCAAAAUCUACUGUAUCUCUCCCAGAAACACACACACACAGACAGAGAGAGAGAGAGAGAGAGAGAGAGAGAGAGAGAGAGAGGGGGGGGGGGGGGGGAGACUUGUAUCAUAUGGGUUUUUGGAAAACUGAGUUUUCCCUUAUGGGGACCAGGAAAUUUGACCCCCAAAAGGUAAGGUAUAUCUGGACCACACACCACACACACACAAAAUCAUGAACAUACUUUUUCCUUCCUUCACACACACACACACUAAUUUAGGCCUACUCUCUUUUUAUUGAAUGUUGCUAUCAACUUUGGGUUUUGAAAUGCACUGUACAACCCUAAUGUAUCAUGAUAGUCUCCUUCACCCAUAUACACACGUUCAUUCAUAUACUCACAUACUUUCACAUACUCUGAUAUACAUAACCAAUAAAAAAUAUACAGGGGUGUUAAAAAACCUUUUGUACAACAACAGUAACAGGAACAGCAGAUAUGUUUAUGAGUGAAUUUGUCAAUAUCAGUGUGAUUCCUCGUGCUUGGCUACUUUUAAAAAUGUUUCUCUUCUGAUUAUUAAAAUAAAUUAAGGUUGUAAAAUAA